CAAACGACAUGCACUAAUGAUGGCACUAAUUCGAUAGAUUCGAGAUUUUAUCCGGAAAUCCAAUGGAGUUGAAUCAUACCACCCUCCUUGGCGGCUGUGAGGAUGCGGCUUCGAGUGUGUUUCCUGGCGCCGGCCAUUGGUCUUGUGGCAUGCAAGAACUUGUCUGCCGCAGAGAGCAUCAACACGCUUGCCAGUCAUGCGACCGUGCCGCUCCCAAACAUCUCCUUGGCGGUGCUGGAACUCACGUCGCUGGACAACAAGGUGUCCACGAGCAUGUAUGUGUCUCCGUCACUGUUCGGUCCACCUCUUCCCGCCGCGGUCACGUCCACGUCGUACCUGUCCUUUGCGUUGGCAAACCCGCUCGAUGCGUGUGCACCACUUGUGUCGUCCGUGCAAGACCAGGCGGUGCUCGUCGAUCGCGGCGAUUGCUCGUUUGAAACCAAGGUGCUUCAUGCGCAAGCCGCCGGUGCCGCGCUCGUGCUUGUCCGAGACACUCCCUCUGCCGCCUUGAAGCAGCCCAACCAAGUGGACUGCACCCUCGGGGCCGGUGACUUUUGCGAAGAAAGCGCCAAUUGCGCCAGUUCAACUUGUGUGUUCGCGCCGCUGCAUCAAGAGCGCUGCUGCGUGCGCAACAUCCUCAUCGCCAUGAACGGCUCGACGGCGCCCGGUAUGUCGUCCUCCGUGACCAUUCCCAGCGUCUACCUGACCGUGCUGGACGGAGCGACGGUCGAGAACUUCUUUGUCGAACACCCGAACGCGACGUUCGUGACCGUGUCGCUGCCCCAGGAUGAAAGUCCGUGGAACUGGAGCAUGCUGCUCAUUUGGGCACUCGGGGUCUCCAUCGUCGUGUUCUCUGCCUACUAUUCAGCGGCCAAGGAGCGCCUCUUUGCCGCGCACGUGCAUGCGUCGUCCGCCCCUGACCUGCCGCCGUCCGUCCUACUCCACCACACGUACUCGCCGAUCCGCGACGCGCACGAAGAGCCGCUCAACAUGACCCUGCAGCACGCGCUUCUCUUCCUCGUCAUGGGCUCGUGCAUGCUGCUGCUCAUGUACUACGUCCACGUGAUCCUGUUUGUCCAGUGCCUAUUUGCGCUCGCGGCGUGGGUAUGCCUCACCCACCUGCUCACGUACCCGCUGCUCACCCACGUCCUGCCCCUUCACCAAGGCGUCGGGUGCAACUGGCCGGCGUUCUGGAGCGUAUGGCCAUCGCUGGCGCUCGUUGUGUGGUGGUUUCUCGAGCGGCAUCACCCGUUCGUGUGGAUAUUGCAAAACUUUCUCGGCAUUUGCCUCUGCGUUGUGUUUGUCGACUCGAUUCACAUUCAAAGUCUCAAGGUGGCAACCGUACUCCUUGGCGUUGCGUUUGCGUACGAUGUAUUUUUCGUCUAUUUUUCCCCCCUUGUGUUUGGGUCGAACGUGAUGGUCGAAGUCGCGUCCCGAGGCGGCAAAGUGUCGCUCGAUUUGAACGCGUUCUGCCUACGCCACCCCGAGUCUGCGGCCUGCGGUCACGACACCAUUCCCCUCGUGCUCACGAUUCCGCUGGUGCUGUCCAACUACGGUGGCAACUCGCUGCUCGGGCUCGGGGACAUCGUCCUCCCGGCACUUCUCGCGUCCUUCGCCCUGCGCGUCGACUACUGCCACGCCCGCCCCCUGACCAAAGGCUACUUUGUGUGGGCGUGCGUCGCGUACGCCGUGGGGCUGCUGGGCGCCAACGUGAUGGCGAUCGUGCUGCAGAACUUCGUGGCGGGCCAGCCGGCGCUCAUGUACAUCGUGCCGACGAUGGUCGGUGCCGUGGUCUACUUGGCGUGGUCGAAAGGACCCGACGAGUUUCAAGAGAUGUGGGACGGACCUGCUUGUCUUGCAAUGGACGCGUAACAACAACAAUAUAUGCGAGUAGUAUACUUGGAAGUAUAGAUAUACUAUUAGUAUAUGAACCAAACCACAACACAACGUUUAG